AGAACAGUAUUCUUCGACUUUGAUCAAGUAGUCAAUCCAGUUCUGUCCUGUCUCUGUCAAACGCCUUAGUUUUGGUUUUCAUACACGCAACUUUUAUCUCUCUCUAUGCCUAUUCAAUAUUUGAUUAUUUUCCACAUUUUACUGUGUUUCUCUUCUCUUUCCCAUCUUGAUCUUUCUUGUUCAGACUAUGUGCAUCUACUAAAAGUCUCUUAAUAUAUUUAACUUCACGGUUUUUCCAUUAUUUUCUCUAUUUCUUUUCUGAAAUUCUCAUUUGGUUUUGCUUGUUCUGGUCACGCGGUUUACUUCUCAUCUGGGUUCAUCUCUUUUGCUUCCUUUUGAAUAAAUAUGUUAUUUUGCCUUCGUUUCUUCAAUUUCUUUACGGAUUGAGUGGUCUUAUUUGAUUUUGAUUGUUAAGGAUCAUUAUAAUACAAACAUAAGAAGCUGCUGCAAACGCUUGAGAUUGAAGAAAUUUGAUUUUGAUAGCUUGCAUAAUGAAGUGCUUUUAUAUUUUCAAGGACAAAUUCAAGACCAAUCGAAAAUCAAAAUCUGCCCCAGAACCAAGAAGCCCAAGUAAAUUAGAAAAUUCAGAGCUUAAUCGUACAACAAGAUCAUUACCAUCUCCAAGAAGCAUACCUGAAUUGUACAAAGAGAAGGAGCACAAUUUGACAGUCUUCUCUUUGCAAGAACUGAGAGAGGCAACAAAUGGGUUUAACAGGAUGUUAAAGAUUGGAGAAGGUGGUUUUGGGAGUGUGUAUAAGGGAAAGAUCAGGCCCGCCGAUGGUAAGGGUGACCCUAUUGAUGUUGCCAUUAAAAAGCUCAACAGGCAUGGUUUGCAGGGUCAUAAGCAAUGGCUUGCGGAAGUUCUAUUUCUUGGAGUUGUUAAUCACCCGAACUUGGUAAAACUUUUAGGAUAUUGUUGUGUAGAUGAUGAAAGAGGGAUUCAAAGGUUGCUCAUAUACGAAUAUAUGCCUAAUAGAAGCUUAGAAGAUCAUCUUUUUAGCAGGGCUCUGCCCACUCUGCCUUGGAAGAAAAGAUUAGAGAUUAUCCUUGGUGCAGCUCAAGGGUUGGCAUAUUUACACGAGGGUUUGGAAAUCCAGGUGAUAUAUCGAGAUUUCAAAGCCUCAAAUGUGCUAUUGGAUGAAAACUUUAAGCCAAAGCUCUCAGACUUUGGGCUUGCCAGGGAAGGGCCAACAGGGGAUCGUACUCAUGUUUCAACAGCGGUUGUUGGGACAUAUGGAUAUGCUGCCCCAGAAUAUGUUGAAACAGGCCACCUAAAAGUUCAAAGUGAUAUUUGGAGUUUUGGCGUGGUGCUCUAUGAGAUCCUAACCGGCAGGCGAUCACUGGAAAGAAACCGACCAACAAUGGAACAGAAGCUUCUGGAUUGGGUGAAGCAAUUCCCAGCUGAUGGUAAAAGGUUCAGCAUGAUAAUAGACCCACGACUCAGAAACAACUAUUCUUUCAGUGCAGCUCGAAAAGUUGCUAAAUUGGCCGACAGCUGCCUGAAGAAGACUCCUGAAGAACGACCAACAAUGAAUCAGGUGGUAGAGAGCUUAAAGCAAGCAAUACAAGAAUCAGAAGAGGGAAACUCUUCCAACAAUAAUCAUGUUACAUCAAGAUCUAAAUUGACAGCACGAAGAUCAAAAUAAGGUUUAAACUCUCGGAUAUUAGUAUAAAUGGGAAAGAGCUAAUUUUCGUCGGUAUGCACCGCAAAUUCAUCUGGAAUAGGAACAACAGAAUUUUGUUGGCCUCAAAUACAUGUUUGAUUCUACUAGUGGAAAUCAAUGCGAUGCCUUGGUCCUACUCCUACUUAUUA